AUGUCCGGCGCCGGCAACACCGCCCCGAUCUCAGGCCCCGACACCACGAAAGCGGUCGUGAGCGACACAAAAGACACGUCCUCGUCCCUCAAAGAUCAACAGAAGCCGGCGGCGACGCUAGAAGAGGACGACGAGUUCGAGGACUUCCCCGCCGAAGACUGGCAACAAGAAGACACGGAGAUACCGGGUGGAAACACACACUUGUGGGAAGAGAGCUGGGACGACGAUGAUACGAAUGGGGAUUUUUCGGCGCAGCUAAGGUAA